AUGCGUGAGAUUGUCCACCUCCAGACCGGUCAAUGCGGUAACCAAAUUGGUGCCGCCUUUUGGCAGAACAUCUCCGGCGAGCACGGUCUCGACGGCUCUGGCGUCUACAAUGGUACCUCUGACCUGCAGCUCGAGCGUAUGAGCGUCUACUUCAACGAGGCCACCGGCAACAAGUAUGUCCCUCGUGCCGUCCUCGUCGAUCUGGAGCCAGGUACCAUGGAUGCCGUCCGCGCCGGUCCAUUCGGUGCCCUCUUCCGCCCCGACAACUUCGUCUUCGGUCAGUCUGGUGCUGGCAACAACUGGGCCAAGGGUCACUACACCGAGGGUGCUGAGUUGGUCGACCAGGUCCUCGAUGUAGUUCGUCGUGAGGCCGAGGGCUGUGACUGUCUGCAGGGUUUCCAGAUCACCCACUCUCUCGGCGGUGGUACUGGUGCUGGUAUGGGCACACUUUUGAUCAGCAAGAUCCGUGAGGAGUUCCCCGACCGCAUGAUGGCUACCUUCUCCGUCAUGCCAUCUCCCAAGGUCUCCGACACCGUUGUCGAGCCUUACAACGCCACCCUCUCUGUCCACCAGUUGGUCGAGAACUCCGACGAGACCUUCUGUAUCGAUAACGAGGCUCUCUACGACAUCUGCAUGCGCACACUCAAGCUCAACAACCCCAGCUACGGCGACCUCAACCACCUCGUCUCCGCUGUCAUGUCCGGUGUGACCACCUGUCUGCGUUUCCCCGGCCAGCUGAACAGCGAUCUGCGCAAGCUCGCCGUCAACAUGGUCCCUUUCCCGCGUCUCCACUUCUUCAUGGUCGGCUUCGCUCCUCUCACCAGCCGUGGCGCACACAGCUUCCGUGCCGUCACCGUGCCAGAGCUCACCCAGCAGAUCUUCGACCCCAAGAACAUGAUGGCUGCCUCCGACUUCCGCAACGGUCGCUACCUCACCUGCUCCGCCAUCUACCGCGGCAAGAUCUCCAUGAAGGAGGUCGAGGACCAGAUCCGCAACGUCCAGAAGAAGAACACCGCCUACUUCGUCGAAUGGAUCCCCAACAACGUCCAGACCGCUCUCUGCUCCAUCCCUCCCCGCGGCUUGAAGAUGAGCUCCACCUUCGUCGGCAACAGCACCUCCAUCCAGGAGCUGUUCAAGCGUGUGGGUGAUCAGUUCUCGGCCAUGUUCAGGCGCAAGGCUUUCUUGCAUUGGUAUACUGGUGAGGGUAUGGAUGAGAUGGAGUUCACGGAGGCUGAGAGCAACAUGAAUGAUUUGGUGUCUGAGUACCAGCAGUACCAGGAGGCGUCUGUGUCCGAGGGCGAGGAGGAGUAUGAUGAGGAGGCGCCGCUUGAGGGCGAGGAGUAG